AUGGAUGGGUACCCGCCAGGCUGUUUGGAUCAUAAUGUUCCGUUCCUGGUUGCUUCGGGCCUGAACUCAGCUGAGCCAGGGCUUGACUUGCAAGGGGAAUUGAGCACCCAAGGGCAGUUGAUCAAGUCAGACCUGCCGCCACUCGAAGGUCGAGAAGCGCAGUUGUUGGAGACGUACUUUGAGGAAAUUGAUGCUAGGGGUACAUCUUGGGCAGUGGUCCCAAGGGACGAACCCUAUCGCUUUCGGAUCAAGACGGUGGGAAGGUCAUACCUUCUGCCGCCCCGGAAAACAAUAAUACCUGAUUCUGUCGGGCCUCCAGAUCCUAGUGCGACUAUUCACUCUCCGUUUUCUCCGCUGUCUCAUGUUUCCGCGCUAUACCCCGACGGCCUGAUCGAUUCGCAAUGGAUCAAGAAACACCAGCAUCUUGUUCCUAGCAUAUACGCCUGUUUCUACUGGCUAGCCAAUGACAACCGCCUCAAGUCGGACGUUAAUGAGAUCAAAGCUACGCUAGCUCGAUCUGGCUUCAAGACCAGAGUUGCGAUAAUCCUGUUUGGCAAUCAAGAUAGUGGCACGGCAGUUCUUACAGAAGAGGUUCAGGACCGAUUAGAGAGUAUUCGAAGAGGGACCGCGCUAGAUCCCAAGUCCAUAUUCUAUAUACCUACACAAGAGUCCCCCGUCGAGCUUAAACGAAAGAUUGAUAACAUUCUUGCUAUUCUGUAUUCAAAUGCCGUUGAAUAUUACAGGGAUCUCGGCCGGCAUGCAAGGAAGAAGAGAUCGCGUGGCAUUGCCCCGCAGCCGACGAUACCACCAACAUCCGGGACAUCGCAUACACUUUCGUUGCCUGAUUGGAACUUUCGAUAUGAUAUGAAGACCGCCAUUUUGGCAGAAUUUCGCCAGGAGUUGGACGCGGCGAUUCGAUCCUUUGAGCAGGCCUACGAAAUCUUACUAGGACAAGAUGUUUUUGACGUAAUUCCGAGUUGGAGCUCCCGGUGGAAUGAUGCUCGACAAUUGGCAGACAUCAUCUCGAUCCGGUGCCUGCGAAUACAUUUGUGGAUGGGACAUACAAGUCUAGCCGUCAGGAGAUGGCAAACGCACAGAGAUCGAAUCGGUGACCUUGUGGAUCGUAGAGGGCACGGAACAAAUACAUACGGCUGGCAGGCCUGGGAGGCCAGGUGGGCCAUGGUCAUGGCUAAUUUAAUAGAGAAAAUUGAGGUAUCUGGUUUGGUUCCGGCGUCGAUGACCAUAUUUCUACCACCUGAACGGGCGGUCUUGGGCGAGCGAUUACAACCAUGGGAGCUUCUACAUCAUACAGGCUACUGGUAUCGCAUGGCCGCACGGCAUCUUACUGCUCGACGCACCCUCGCUCACAUGAUGCUAGAUGAAGACAGAGAACCACCGGAAUCUACGUCAGCGAAAUCUGCGAAGAGCAGCUAUGACACUUAUAUGUGUCCUCCACCUUAUCAAGAAAACCCGCUGAGCGGAGAGGGCGGUGUCAGCCACGCUCAGCUGAUAAUAGACUGUCUUAUUGCCUCUCGCACUCAGUUUGAAGCUAGGGGCCAGCUGCGGAUUGCCGCAGAGCUGUCAUUAGAAUGUGCAAAGGAGAUGGCUACAUUGGGUUCUUGGGAAGAUGUUGUAGCGAUUUUGCAACCUGUGUGGGACAGCGGCUCAUACCGAGCUGAUAACUGGCUGGAUAUAUCUGAGGAUCUGUGUUGGUUAUUACGCCGGGCAGCCAAGGAAAUUGGCCGGGCUGAUCUCGUCGUUGCCACGGACUGGGAGCUGAUGAACAAGAACGAGAUAACAGUCGAAGAGAAGCCAUCGAUUCAACUUUCGGAUGCCUCAUCAUCGCACCUUAUUUCGUCAAGUUUCGUGUUCAGAAGCAAGGAGAACAAGGCAGGCGACCAGUGCCUAGCCCAAUUUACGUUGACUUCGAACGCCAUGGCAGAUUCUAUGCCGAUAUCGUUUUCUUCUGUAAAGAUUCUGUUUGAAGGCAGUUUGAAACCUAUUUUGCUCCAACACGGCUCAAGUGGGGAGGAGAGCUCUUUUAUUACCAAAGUGGCGCUGGAAGAACAGUUUUCCACUGAUGGACCGGGCGAUUUACCACUCAGCGGAAUUUGCGAUUUGACAUUAAAGCCCGGUGAAAAACGGGUGUUUGAAAUGGCAAUUCCGUUGAGAGAGUCGGGAGAGGCCGAGGCGUCUACAGUCGUCGCCACAUACGAGCAUAAAUCCUUUGACAUUCAGUAUACCAUGUCGUUCAGAGACACUGAUCAAGUAACUGGAUGGUAUAUCAAGACUUCAGACAGGCCACGCCAAUUGAGACCCGAUGCCAGGAUACUCCACAUCAAGCCACGACCACCCAAGCUUCUAGUUAGCCUGCCCGAAUCUUCGGGCCUAUAUUACACGAACGAAACGGUGGAACUUGGAGUGGAAUUGCGAAAUGAAGAGGAGGAACCGGCCCAUGUCAAACUGGACGUACAGUUGUAUGGGAAAUCAGUCCCGUCGUUGAAGCUACUGGUCGGAGAACAUGAGCGAAAUGGAGAAACGGGCGAGGAGGCAACCAAGGCGCUGGGAGUGCCUAUAGGCGUCAUUUCUAGCGGUGCAGCGGCCGAAUUAAAGCUGAUUAUUGAUCCUACAACGGCGCCUACAACGUACGAUCUUCACAUUCAAGCAACUUACCAUCUGGAGUCGGAUACUGCAACACCAAUUAUACAAGUCUUGUCUCUGUCUUUGGACCUGGUGGGGCCAUUCGAGGCGAACUACGAUUUGUUGCCACGACUGCGUCCAGAGCCAUGGCCCAGUCUGUUCGAUUACGAAGGAUUACACCUGGUCACAGAGAACGAGGCAGCAGCUCCGCCGGCAAAAGGAUUUGCGCAGCAGUGGUGUCUGGUAUGCCACUAUGCAUCCUUUGCCAUGGAAGAUUUGACGGUUUUGGGGGUGGAACUACAGGUUGUAUCUUGCACGGGAGGGGCUAGAUGUACGGUGACGCGGCGAACUGAAGUGGCAAGCGACGGCAUUACCAUAUCUCCCCAGACGAUACACGAAGCGCAGUUUGACCUCGUGGCACAAAAGUUCAGCCUCGACGAUCGACACCCCGUUACUCUGGAUCUGGCAUUUGUUAUCAAGUGGAAGAGAAAGACGGCCUCGGUGGAUAGCCAAACCAGUGCCACGACCAUGCCAGUGGGACAGUACCUCGUACUGGGGACGGAACCCAGAGUGUUGGCAUCGGCGCUGUACUCCAACCCUACGGCAUCAACUAAUCUGCUACAUUUGGACAUUACCAUUGAGAACCCAUCUAAUCACUUCCUCACGUUUGGGCUCAGCAUGGAGCCCAGCGACACGUUUGGGUUUUCUGGUGCAAAACAGACAACAAUCAACUUAUUACCAAUGUCACGAAGGACAGCAAGGUACAGACUUUUGCCAUUUGUUCAGGGUGACUAUAUUCGGCCGGGUCUUGUGGUGCGCGACAAGUAUUUCCAGAAGGUGCUGCGUAUUAUCCCCACCGAGGGCAUGAAGAUUGACAAAGACGGGCUGCUGGUAUGGGUACCUGGGGAUGGAAGCAAAGAUUCGGAAAGGGGAGCAAAAGAGACAUGA